AUGGUAUUUUCUGUCUGUCUGUCUGUUAUAGCUGGAACAUUAUGUAAAAAAGUAUUUGUUAGAAACUUGGGAAGAAUGAGUUAUAAUCGAUGUCUAGAUGUGCAACAAUCACUCCAAAACGUUCAUAGUCUUUUCCCAUCGUCGACAUCGGUCAUCAAUAACCUCAACGAUGAAAAGAAAAACACACUCCUCUUGGUCGAACACUCUUCACCCGUAUUCACAUAUGCCGAAAACAAUUCUAAAAUGUUUGACCCCAAAGUAAAGAGUAAACUUGAACACUUGGGUAUUGAAUUCAAAUCAGUCUCCAAGAGAACUGAUGGAAUUGUUUGGCAUGGUCCAGGACAGCUAAGCAUCUAUCCAAUGGUAUUUGACAAUAAUGCUGAUAAUCAUAAUACCCAGAACAAAAAUGUUUCAUCUGAAGAAAUGGUUUCUUCAAUCUUUAGAGUCAUUCAAAGAACUCUUUCAUGGAUAGGAAUUGAAAGUCAAUUACAAAAUGAUGGAAUCUAUGUUGGAAAGGAUUUUAAAGAAAAAAUUGGUGAUUUUAAUGUUUUAUCAAAUUCAAUGAAUAUUCCAGGGUUUUCAUUAAAUAUUAAUCCAAAUUUAACUUAUUACAAGUAUCUUGAGAGUGCAGUUGAAGAACCAUCAACAUUGUCACCAAAGUCUACACAUAAUGGCCGUGGUUGUAAUAUCACAUCGGUUUGGAAUCAAACUUUGAAUCAUAAUUUGUCGAUAGGCGAAAUAGUCCCUAUCAUGUUGGAAAAUUUCAGCAAAGAGUUUGGAACCGACUUUAUCGAUUCUAAUCGUCUCUACCAACUAAGAUUCAACAACAACAAUAAUACACAUGAAUCGGGAUCAACACAUCCACUAUUCUCCUCCCAAUCCAAUCACAUUAUUGGCAAUCCUACUGUAAAUAGUGCAACAACAGAAUUACCAAAACAAUUAUCUUUUUCAAGAUAA